AUGGCGGCCACAUCAGUGGCGACCGAACAAAAGGCCUCCAAAGUCCUUGGCUUGGUCUUCUUUACGUUCGUCCUUUGCUGGUCGCCUUUCUUCAUCCUGAAUAUCCUGUUCGCAGCAUGUCCAGACUGCGAUGUACCCAAAAACGUCGUAGUCACCUGUUUGUGGUUGGGAUACGUCUCUUCCACUAUCAACCCGAUUAUCUAUACGGUGUUUAACAGGACCUUUCGAGCAGCUUUCAUCAGGCUGCUGCUUUGCAAGUGUCGGAGGUAA